CGCCAGACUCCAUUGCCCGUGAUCGAUGUCGCAAUAUGCUUCAUCAUGGCCGCUGGGCGGAACCUCUCAUCGAGAAUGAUGGUAGUCGCGUCUGGGUGCCUCCAGGAUGCAUCCUUUAUCAUCACAAGACUCCCCAUAUCCAUGACUGCCUCUGGAACCGCAGCUUGACCAUCCGCGGUGAUGACAGCGCACAUCAACUUUUUCAGGCUCUCCUCACAAGUCUGGAUGUUGGCGCAGUUGAUUCCAACUGGAACAACAUUGGGGAAAAUAUCACUGUGUUCACAAAUGGUUCGAGAAUAUCCUUUGUCUGGGACGAGUUCUUGAAUAGCGGACCAACCCUUGAUAUGAAACGCGCUGGUUCUGUUCGUGAUUAUCUGCAAUCCCUUGCAGUCGAGAGGUAUGAUGACCACUAUGAAAUCUCGAUGAACUCUGCAGGUCUCGUGGCUCUUGAACGCUCACAUCGACCGCAUCUAAUCCGCCUCACCGAACACGACACUGGCCGCGGCGACCCCCCCUUUACUAUCUCCAUGCCCUUGGAAGUUUACCCUAUGAUGAUCGAGGACUGGCCUUCAACGUGGAGGCACAAUAAUAUGAGCAUCGAACAUAAAAUCAUGUUCACACAAGCCGAGGUGUUGUUUAAUCUUUUGUGCAGUAACACCGUUGAUCGAGCUUCAAACGAGUCUGGGGCAUAUUGCUGCUCCCCACACGUUAAUUCAACAUGGGUUCAGAAGAGUUUGAUUUGGGCUGGAACAUACAUGGCAGUGUGCCUUGUACUGCUGCCAGUCUCGUUAUGGGCGAAACUGUGCCGCUCACUUUCACUCACUUCCCUCCCAACUUCUGCUCCUUCGCAGAUAGUUGGCGCCCUCGCUACCCUAUGGUUGGCCGCAAUCUAUUGUUAUGUCGCAGACAGGACAAUGUACUUCGAAAAGACCCCCAAAGUUGUCAACAUGGGAAUGUUUCUCUCCAUGCUAGCCAUUGCACUUGUUGUGGGUCUAGCUACGUUGCAAUCAGCUCAUUCCCCAAAGAUUGAACACCGGAAACACGCUGUCGCCACCACCGUGCCGCGCCUUGUGUUAUUAUCGAGACCACAGACGGAAGAAUGGAAAGGUUGGAUGCAGAUUGUCAUCCUCUUAUACCAUUACUUUGGAAUGUCAAAGGUGCUAUGGGUAUACCAAUUCGUUCGCUUAUUGGUUGCAUCAUACCUAUUCAUGACAGGGUACGGCCACACCAUGUAUUUCCUUACCUCGAAUGAUUUCUCUCUUCGAAGAGUGGUGAAUGUCACGCUACGCACCAAUAUGCUCAACAUUCUGCUGGCUUUUGUCAUGGGCACCCAGUACGAUCUUUACUAUUUCCCCGCCUUGUCUACUCUCUGGUUCCUAAUCAUAUGGAUCACUAUCCCAAGGGCCACCUCUGCUGGGGCGCAGAUGUCACGAGUCAUAAUGCAGAUUAUCGCGUCGGCGGCUGUCGUUAGCGUUGUCAUUACACACGGUCAUACUGCGCAAGGUUGGCUGGCUGAAAUAGAUAGUCUCGGCUUGCACAUACUGAAAAUCGAAACUCACGAGUUCCUUUUUCGAUUUCGACUCGAUGCCUACAUCGUCUUUGCCGGGAUUCUUGCCGCAUUGGUGUGCUCAAAGUGUCGAUACGACGGCACUCGACUUCAUGAUAUGACGCUAGCCUGGAGUCGUUCGAUGGCCACACUUGUUCUCCUCGUGUCUAUCUCUAUAAUUGCUUUGUAUGUUGUCUUCUGCUGGCAAUUCAAGGAUAAGUAUAGCUAUAAUCGGUGGCACCCAUUCAUUUCGCCCUGGCCAGUCAUGGCAUACGCAAUACUCAGAAACUCGACUGGCCGUCUAAGGGCGUACCACAGUCGCCUAUUCGCGUGGUUCGGUCGGUGCUCGCUGGAGACAUUCGUGCUGCAGUUCCACAUUUGGCUCGCUGCGGAUUCUCGCGGGCUUCUACGCCUUGGACUUGCGAAUGUACUGCUUCACACUUACCGAAUCAAAUGGAGCUUCUUGUACGAUCUUGUUGAUUUCGCAAUCAUUUCGGCACUGUUCCUCUGGGUGAGUAAUUCAACGGCUGGAGCAGUGCCGACUCUCACGCGAAUCUUCAUUCGAGAUGACCUAGACGAAGCCGUUCUCGGGCGAGACCUGGAGCACGAGUCGCAGGCAACCACACUCCCAAAGAACUCGGGUAAAAUUGGUUUGCGAGCAAGGGUUUUCAUCAGUUUGAUAGCCUUGUGGAUUCUCAAUGCCGCCUGGUACUGGCUGACAUGA